CCGGCUCCCGCCGCUCGCUCCCGCACCUCCGCUCUGCGCCGCGGCCGGGGGCUGCUGCUCGCCCGGAAAAACUUUGCACCCCCGGGCCGUGGCGGGGACCGUGGGUGUCAAAGCCAUGAUUCCUCCGGGGGAAUGCCUGUAUGCUGGGAGGAAAAGGAGGAAACCCAUUCAAAAACAAAGGCCCGCAGUUGGGAAUGAAAAAUCCAAUCCUUCGAAGAGACACAGAGACCGUCUGAAUGCGGAACUGGACCACCUGGCCAGCCUCCUGCCUUUUCCCCCUGACAUCGUAUCCAAGCUGGACAAACUUUCCGUCCUGCGCCUCAGUGUCAGCUAUCUCCGAGUCAAAAGUUUCUUUCAAGCCAUUCAAGAAAAGCACUUUAAGAAGCAGGCUGGCCAAACGAUAAAAGAAGACAAUAUAUCUAACAAGACUGCUGUACAAGAAGGUGGACUUCUACUAGAAUCACUGAAUGGUUUUGCCCUGGUGGUGAGUGCAGAUGGAAUGAUAUUUUAUGCAUCAUCGACAAUUGUGGACUAUCUAGGGUUUCAUCAGACUGAUGUAAUGCACCAAAACAUAUAUGAUUACAUCCACGUGGAUGACCGCCAGGAUUUCUGCAGACAACUGCACUGGGCCAUGAAUCCUCCCCAGAUGUUGUCGGGACAGCAACUACAGUCAGAAACAGGAGAAGAAUAUAUUCUCAGUAAAUUGUUCAAAGCACAAGAGAAUGACAGCAUGACAACAGAUUAUUCUUCCUUUUUAACUCGCUGUUUCAUCUGUCGAGUUCGCUGCUUGUUGGACAGUACUUCUGGAUUCCUUACAAUGCAGUUCCAAGGCAAACUAAAGUUCCUCUUUGGACAAAGGAAGAAGUCCUCAUCAGGAACAGUACUGCCACCUCAGCUGUCCUUAUUCUGCAUAGUGGUACCACUUCUGCUCCCUUCUGUGACAGAGAUGAAGAUGAAAAGCCUGCUUGUGAGAGCAAAACACAAAGCUGACGAUGCAGCAGCAGCACCAAACACGAACUCCAGUUCAAGAGGUAGCUCAGGACUUUGUGAAGCAACAGAAUUAUAUGGAAGAAACAAUCACCAUGAAGGUGCUGCCUUCACUAAUGCAUUACAGAUUGCUGAAAACCAAAUCAAAGCAAAGAAUAAUGGAGAAAAUGGCAUUUCUCUAGUCAAAGUACAAACAAAUGAAGAUCACUGGGUCUGGGUUCAAGCUAACACUCAACUUCUGUAUCGAAGUGGUUGUUCAGAAUACGUCCUUGCCCAACAACAAAUGUUAAAGGAAGAAGAUGAACAACUGAAGAUACUAAGCGGUUUUGCCAGUUUGAAAGGAAACCUGGAGGGGCUUUCCUAUAACAGUGCCAUUGAAACUCUGGGCCAGUGGAAGCAUCUUAACUGGGCAGCAGUGAAGAAUGAACAAGAUAAUGUAAAAGUGAAGUUUGAGCCUCAUACUAAUGGUGAGUGUUUUAUGCAAGAGGAACCUCUCAGUUCUAACACAUCAGUUUUAGGUAUUCAAAACAACUGCACCACAAACAGUAGCUGGACUUUAAGAAACUCCAGUUCUUGUUCUAUGAGCCAGAGAAUGAACACGUGUCCAAACAGGAGAGCUGGAUCGUUCUACAACAGAGACCAAAAUUUCUUAAAUUUGGCACCAACUUGUCCUUCCCACUGGGGGAGCGCAGAAAACGGCCAGUCCUACUCGGGGCUCCAACAGCGCUGUGCAGAGAACUACGCCACAGACCACGGGAAGCUGCAGAGACCAUUCCUAUCCCCAGAGUCUCUCUAUGACACAGCCACUCCCUUGGAGAUGCCUAUCAAAACGGAAUAUGACUCUGACUCUGAAAACAUUGCCGAUAACUACCUGCUCCCGCAGAGCCGAGCCUGGCUGGAGGAGAGCGGCUCGCUGAGAAAGCAGGGACCCAGCUACCCCGGCAGAGUGCACCUCAAAACGGAGCCAGACCUCUGCCAGCCAGCCUUGCCUUGCCAGAAGCCAAGGCACUGCCUUUACACACCCCACAACUGGCAAUGCAUCGUAGCAAAUCAUCCCAACAACCUGAACUUGAACAGAGCCGGCAAGGGCGCACGGAACAAGGAGGUGGCUCCCUUUUGCCCUCAGAACUCCUCUGUGUGUUUGGAAAGCAUGCCCGACCUGCCACACACAGCUUGCUACGGCCACUUCUACAGCCCCAGCCCAGGGGAGGAGAAAGAGCAGAUUAAUGAGGCCUUCAAAAUGCCAUGUGAAUUUAAAAACCCCUGCCUGGUUCAAGCAAUCAAGCGGGAGCCCCUGGAUUCUCCACCCUUGUCCAGCAGUGGACAGAACAGAGCACACCCAAGCUUCCCUGAAAAUACAUUAGCAGGUCCUGUGCCUCAUAAAACCACUGAAUGUACAUUUUUGCAAUAGAUUUUAUAACAUUUGAAAUAUUUAUAAUGUUAAAAGCAAGAAGUUGUAGAUUCUCUUCCAGUUGAGUUAAAUGACUUGCUAAAAUCAAAAGCCAGUGGAAAGAUUUUGAGAGAGAGUGUGUGUGUGUGUGUGUGUGUGUGUGUGUGUGUGUGUAUGUGCGUGCACCUGUGUGUGAAAAGAAACAGACACAGGUACACACAGCCUACCCCCUGCUACUGCCCUUCUUUUAGUGGUCUUUGGAAAGAGGAAAGAAAGAUAAAACCUCAGGCACAGAAAAAUAAUCAUUACUUGCUGCACAGGUAUACUUGAUCAUUUUUCCUUAUCACCUUUCUUCUCUUGUCUACAGUUCAUUAGCAAAGCCUAGCAAUUUCUGUUUCCUUUGUUCUGUUUGUUUUUCUCAAGCUGAAGUGAUGCCUCUGUGUGAAACAAAAAUGUUUAUGGUCUUCAGUGUGGUCAGUUUACCAUAAGAGUUUUUGGCUUAUAAUUAUUUUUCUACUCUUCUAAGAAGAAUCAGCUAUUCCUUCAUCCCAGCAUUAAAUUAAUGGCAAUAGGAGAGGGCUUCCCAACACAAAUUUUUAAUUUAAAAGGACCGCGUAACUAAAAACAACUACUUGCAUAAGCAAUUAGAAAUUAUUUUACUUCAAACUAAAGUUACUCCUAAGUUUCUUGAUAAUAUUAUUGUUU